AUGCUUACAGGACUACUACUUAUCCCUCUUCUAGGGUGUCUAGCUCUACUACCUAUGAACAGUGAUACUGCUGCAGGAGUAGAACGAAUUAAGAAGACAGCUCUAACAGCUUCACUGAUUACAUUCGUACUAUCAAUCAUCAUGUGGGGUGAAUUUGACUCAAGUGCAACACAAUACCAAUUUGUACAAGAAUUUAACUCACUAACAUUCUGUCACCUAAACAUUGGAGUAGACGGUAUUAGCCUAUACUUCGUACUACUAACAACAUUCAUUACUCCUCUAUGCCUUCUGUCAAAUUGGUCUAACAUCCAAUUUGGUAUUAAGUAUUACGUGAUUGCUUUCCUACUAAUGGAAUCAAUCCUUAUCGGUGUAUUUGUAGUACUAGAUCUAAUGCUAUUUUACAUCUUCUAUGAAGCUGUACUAAUCCCAAUGUUCCUAGUGAUUGGUAUUUGGGGUGGAUCAGCAACUCGAAUCCGAGCUUCAUUCCUACUAUUCCUAUACACACUUGCAGGUUCACUAUUUAUGCUACUAGCUAUUAUGGUCAUUUACUACAACGUAGGUUCAACAGACUUCAACAUUGUAUCUCUUUCUGACCUAAGUGCUGGUGGGCAAAAGCUACUAUGGCUUGCAUUCUUCCUGUCUUUCGCCGUAAAGACACCGCUAGUUCCAUUCCAUAUGUGGCUUCCUCGAGCUCAUGCUGAAGCUCCUGUUGGUGGUUCUAUGCUACUAGCUUCUCUACUACUUAAGCUAGCUACAUACGGUUACCUACGAAUUCUUAUCGGAAUGAUGCCAGAUGCUACAUCAUACUUCUCACCUCUUGUGCAAACAAUUGCUAUUGUGACACUGAUCUACUCAUCACUGGCUACACUACGACAAGUUGACUUCAAGGCUCUAGUAGCUUACUCAUCAAUUUCUCACAUGGCUAUCGUAGUGCUAGGUCUAUUUUCUAACACAAUUAUUGGUAUUGAAGGGGCUAUUGCUCUGUCAGUAGCUCACGGUCUAGUAUCACCAGCAAUGUUUAUGCUAGUAGGAUCCGUUCUUUACGAUCGAUUCCAUACUCGUAUUAUCCGUUACUACCGUGGACUUACAGUAUACAUGCCUAUGUUCUCACUUCUGUUCUUCCUAACAUCACUAGCUAACAUGGCUGUGCCUCUAUCACUUAACUGGAUCGGUGAACUAAUGUCUCUAUCAGGUACACUACAACGAUCUCCAGUUAUUGGUCUUCUAGGUGCAUCAGGUAUUGUACUGUCUGCAUGUUACACUAUUUUCCUAUUCAACCGACUAUCCUUCGGUGCAUACUCACAAUAUCUGUCAUUUACUAACGAUAUCACUCGACGAGAAUUUAUGGUGAUGCUACCUAUGCUAUUUACAGCGUUCCUCUUCGGUAUUCUACCUAACAUCAUCCUUUCAGAUCUACAUGUUGCAGUAACACAACUACUGUACUCAUAA